AUGACAUCAAAUUUAGCAUUACGGUUACUUAUAAGCUCUGCAGAUUUGAAGAUCGUCGAGGAGGAGAAAGUUAUCGGCCAGCCGACCGACCUGGUCGAUCACCUUCUCGCGGCGGCUUCGAUAGUCGUCGACGUUCACCACCACGAAAUCGCCCUCUACGUGCGGAUACCUGGGUACCCUCCGACCGAGGAGGGUACGUUCGUCCACGAAGCCGCUCGCCACCUGAUUAUCGGCGCCGUUCUCGAACUCCUCCUUUUCAGAAUCGAGGGUAUGGUUCCGGCCCCGGUCCUUAUGGCAGGCGGCGGACCCCCCCUCGUAGACCCUCACCCCGAAGAGAAGACAGGAUCCGGUCUCCUCCCCCAUCGUGGCGGUCUCGGUCUCCCUACAGUGAAGGUCGAUCACGCGAUGUCUCUCGAGGCCGUAGCAGCCCAAGACGAACCUUCGACGCAACCCCGGGGAGUCAAGACGUUCGAGCAAUGA